AUGGGUCAAGACAAGUUUCAAGGAUGGAUGGGUCUAGACAAGAACGCCAUUGGAAACAUGAAAUGGCAGGAGUUCGAACCAAAGCCAUGGGCUGAAGAUGAUGUUGAGAUCAAGAUCACCCACUCGGGCAUCUGCGCCUCCGACUUGCACACUCUUCGCUCGGGCUGGGGCGAGACGGACUACCCGGUCGUAGUCGGCCACGAAAUCGUGGGAGAGGCUGUGCGAGUUGGCAAGGAUGUACCAACUGGCAUCAAGGUUGGCGAUCGCGUUGGUGUUGGUGCGCAAUCAGGUGCUUGCCACAAUCAGAAGGGUGAUUGCGAGGCUUGUGCCGACGGCAUGGAGCACGUCUGCAAAUACUCGACUGAUACCUUCAACUCAAACUGGCCAGACGGAUCGAAAGCAUACGGCGGAUAUGCCAACUUCUGGCGUGGCAAGUACUCGUUCGUCACCAAGAUCCCGGAAGCAAUUCCCUCGGACGAAGCAGCUCCCAUGCUGUGCGGCGGCAUCACUGCGUUCCACCCACUCGUCCAGCACAACGCUGGCCCGGAAACUCGAGUCGGCAUUGUUGGUCUCGGCGGACUCGGUCACUUCGGCGUGCUCGGCGCGUCUAAAGCUCUCAAGUGUAAGAAAGUGGUCGUCAUCUCCCGAUCCUCCACCAAGAAGGCGGACGCCAUGAAGAUGGGCGCCACCGACUUCAUCGCCACCGAUGAAGACAAAGACUGGGCGGACAAGCACGCGGGUACUCUUGACAUCAUCGUCAGCACCGUCUCGAGCCACAAGAUGCCGCUGGAAGGUUAUCUCCAACUUCUUGCUCGCAAAGGCGUGUACGUGCAUGUUGGCGCACCGGAGGACAAGAUGCCGGCUUUCAACAUGUUCAGUCUGAUUCCGAAGCGGGCUUCGAUUCAAGGCAGUCAGACUGGCUCGCCGAGAGACAUCAAGGAGAUGUUGGACCUCUUUGCGAAGACGGGUGUGCACACAUGGAACCAGAACCGGCCCAUGAAGGAAGCGAAUGAGGCAGUCAAGGACCUUGAGAACGGCAAGGCUCGCUAUCGGUACGUUUUGUGCAACGAGUGA